AGGCAUGACGGCCCCCGAGUUUCUCUCUCUCGCUGUGUGUUGUGUCCAAUGUCAUAUCAUAUCAUGCAAGAGGGGCAUAAGAAUAAGCCCCUCCCGCACACGUCAUUGCCUUCCCUUAUACCCAGGUCUCUCAUUUCUUCAUUCAAAUUCAUUCAUCCCUCCAUCCCUCCAACGCCCCCAACCCUUUAAUUUUCCAUGAGAUCUAUCGCAACGCUUUCAAUAUGAGCAUCUAUCGAGAUUCUUUCUAUUUCCAAUAAAACCCCAUGUUUUUUACUUGAAUUUUUUUGGGUUUUCUUUUUGUUUUCCGCGAUUUCUCUCCGAUAUCGUUUCUGGGUUCAAUCUGGAUUUGUGAUUUACAGAGUAAUCGGAGAUUAGAGAGGGAAAUGGGUAGUGGGGUGGAUGAAAAUGGGGUCGUGUUGUUUUCUUGCGAGGAGUUGAGUGAGAUGAGUGGGGUUAAGUUCGGUGGAGACUUUGUGGAGGUCACUUGUGGCUGUACCAGUCAUCGAUAUGGCGAUUCUGUUGGAAGGUUGAGGGUUUUUGUUAAUGGUGAACUUGAAAUCACCUGUGAAUGCACUCCUGGUUGUCAUGAAGACAAGUUGAGUCCUGCUGCAUUUGAGAAGCACUCGGGACGAGAAACGGCUCGAAAAUGGAAGAACAAUGUUUGGGUCAUAGUUGAUGGAGAUAAGGUUCCACUCUACAAGACUGUGCUCCUCAAGUACUACAACCAGGCGCUAAAAAGCAGCAAUGGAUCCGGAAGAUCCCAAAGCGGACGAGUCUGUCAUCGUGACGAGUUUGUUCGAUGUAGUAGAUGCAACAAGGAACGCAGAUUUCGACUUAGAACAGAAGAGGAAUGCCGAAUACACCAUGAUGCAUUGGCUGAUAGUAAUUGGACUUGUGCUGAUCUACCAUAUGACAGAAUAACAUGUGACACCGAUGAAGAACGAGCGAGUCGGAGGGUUUAUAGGGGAUGCAGCCGUUCGCCAACGUGCAAGGGCUGCACUUCCUGCGUCUGCUUCGGGUGUGAUAUCUGUCGUUUUUCAGAAUGCAGCUGCCAGACUUGCAUCGACUUCACAAGGAACGCAAACGCUUGAUUCUGCAGAACAAUUCUUCUGCUCUGAUUAUUCCCAUUUCAUUUCUUUGUAUGAUGCUCUUCUCAUACAACAUUUCAAGGACAUCCAAGAAGAGAAAUAUCAGGUUAAACUCUGCCUUAUUUAACGUCUUUACUGACCAUUACAGCAGUACAUUUAGAUUCAGUAGUUCUAUUGCCUUUCUGUGAUGAGUUUGUGUGACAUUAACAUAACAACGUAUUGGCAUGCGAUUUUCAUGG